GCAAGGAACCUCACCAUGGUGGCAUGGUCCGACAACCUAGAUAUCAACAAGCAGAACAAGCAGAACAACCCUGGGAAGUUAUUGCGCCACUGAGGCCACGUCAAAUCUUUCUGUGGGCAGUCCGACAGUUUCACAUACUAUGUCUCGCUCACUCCUCAACCGUUUCGACCGACUGGCAUCGAACGUGUCGUCAGCUGCAAGUCAGGCUCUCGACAAGCGGCAACAGCCAUCGACGCCCAAUCCAGCGACGCCAGCACACGGUACGAUGGUGCACCCGUACUAUGCUAUUCGUGUUAUCGAUGCUUUGACAAACCGGGGAGUUCCAUUGGUGUACCUCCGCACGACAUACAAGACUGUUUACAUGACCGACAGCGCAGGUUAUGUUGCAUUCAAUGAGCCUGGACUGAUGACAGGAGAUCCAAUCUGGGUCACUGUCAGCAGCUAUGGGUUCGAGUCGCCAACGGGAUUCUUCGGUGUUUCCGGAAUGCAAGUUAAUCCCAAGGCUGCUGGAUCCAUAGAGAUCAAGCUCACCAGAACACAAAUCGCCGAGAGACUAUAUCGGCUCACAGGAUACGGCAUCUACCGGGACAGCGUGCUCCUUGGAAAGCCGGUUCCACUUGAGCAGCCUGUCCUGAACGCGAAGGUUGCCGGGAGCGACACUAUACAAUGUGCAAAGUUCAAGGACAAGCUGCUCUGGAUGUGGCAAGACACAGAUCAGAUGGCAUUCCAGCUCGGGAACUUUGCCAUGACCGGCGCAUGGACUGAGUUGCCACAUAAGCUGGAUGCGGACAGAGGGCUCAAUUUCGACUAUUUCACCAAAGACAACAAGCACAACGAAUUCGCGAGAGGCAUGAUAGACUUACCUUUGCAGACGCCUGGGACUUUCCCUCUUUGGGUUGAUGGCCUCACAGUGGUACCAGACGAGACGGGCCACGAACGUCUUCUAGCCACUUACUACGCCUCCGGGGACGGGUUUAGCUGUGUGGAACGAGGCCUGGCCGUGUGGAACAACAAGAGACAGAUCUUGGAGCGCCACGUCAAAUUUGAUGGGACCAAUAACGGCGUGGACAUUCUCGCUCCGGGAGGUCACACUAUCUAUGUUAAUGAGAACGGGACGCGUUACGCAUUCUACGGCAAAAACAUCCGUGUCAAAGCCGACUUCAGCAGCGCUUCCCAGCAGUCACAAUACGAAGCAUUCACCUGUCUCAGCGCAGAUGGACAGCGAGCCAACAGAGGACCCAAUGGCUCGUUGAUUUGGAGCUGGGUUAAAGGCGGGAAGCCAGUCAAUUACGAGAACGCAGAUAGCCUGGUGCAAUCUGGCGUGAUAAGUCAGGAGGAAUCGCCUUACAGGCUGAAGGACGUGGAGACUGGUCAGACCAUCUCUGCACAUACAGCUGGGAUUGCGUGGAAUCCCUACCUCAAGCUCUGGGUCAACAUCUUCCAGCAACAGGGCGGCGAUACAACUGCUGGGGAAAUCUGGUUCUCUACAGCGCAGGCACCAGAGGGGCCAUGGACAGCCUGUCGCAAGGUUGCAACGCACCACAUGGACCGCGAUGGACUCAACAACAACAGCAAUGACUUAUAUAACCCUGUCCAGCACUUCGAGUUGAUGCGAGAUGGCGGAAGAUAUGUCUAUUUCUCAGGAACACUCACAAAUACCUUCUCCGGAAAUCAAUUUCCUGCGCCUUAUUACAACUACAACAACAUCAUGUAUCGACUAGACCUCAAGGACCCGAGACUGAAUUUGCCUUAUCCACCGGCGGGACUCUGGGGCACGAGACCUGACGAGGACGCUUGAUUGGUGUUGGGGCUCCAGAUUUCGGACACACCACCAACAGUGGCUAGGAGGUGCUUCUAUUAGUACU